AUUUGAUAUUAAAACUCAAUUUUUAAAUACAAUUUUAAUCAGUUUUAGUAAUGAUUUGAUUAAAUUUUUCCUAAAUUACUCUUACAUACAGUAUAUAAGUGGCGAUAUCAGUGAUUACUCUGUUGUUUGUCAAUAAUUGUGUAUUAAUACCGAUAAAUAGCAACACAUAAGAUUGUGCACAAAUUAUUGUAAAUUAUAAUUGCAUUUAAUAGUUAUCUUGUGAUUUGUGCGAAAAUUAUCAAACAUUUAAAACAGUAAAAGAAAUGUCGGCGAAGACUGUUAGCAAUAUAUCGGCGGUUCUCCACAAAGUGGAUGAUAUGAGACUAGAAGAGUGGCCAAUGCCUCCCAGCCCUCAACAUAACGAUGUCCACUAUUGGAAACACGGGUCGAUCGGCAACUUUAUAUUGGAUGAGCCAAUCAUAUUAGGACACGAGACCUGUGCCGAAGUGGUUGGUGUGGGUCCGGGAGUGACGGGCUUUAAAGUGGGCGACCGGGUGUGCACCGAACCGGCUGUGCCCUGUCGUAUAUGCUCGACAUGCAAAGAGGGCUUUUACAACUUGUGCACAAACAUCUCGUGUCACGCCACACCACCUCAUUCGGGCACACUUACCCAGUACUUUAUACACCCGGCCGACUAUACCUUCAAAGUUCCGGACAAUAUGAGCGACGAAGAGGGAGCUAUGAUAGAGCCCCUAACGGUCGCCGUAUACGCGUGUAGGAGAGCUCAGGUGACAGUUGGCAAAACGGUGUUGAUCACAGGCGCCGGACCUAUUGGGCUGUUCAACAUUAUGGUGGCCAAAGCUCUGGGAGCCGACCAAGUCAUUGUUACCGAUAUCAAUGAAAAGCGUCUAAAGUUGGCCCAAUCGGUGGGCGCCGACCACACAGUGCUCAUCACUAAAGACACUGAAGAGACAAAACUGGUAAAAGAGAUAACCGAGACGUUGGGUCAGAUGCCGGACAUAACGAUUGAAUGCAGUGGCGCGCCGUCGAGUACACGACUGGCCCUUUUGGCCACCAGACAGGGCGGGACAGCACUACUGGUGGGUCACGGGCCACAAAAUGUGAGCCUUCCCAUCGCCGACGCCGCCAUCCGUGAAGUCAAUAUUCUCGGCUCUUUUCGAUAUAGAAACUGCUUUCCGCUGUCCAUAUCAUUGGUAAGCUCUGGUAAAGUAGAUCUGAAGCCAUUGAUAUCACAUAGAUUUACAUUUGAACAAACAUUGGACGCAUUUAACACAGCCUUUAAAGGCGAAGGCGUGAAGAUUAUGAUAAGAGUUGAUCCCAAUGUUUAAAUUACAUUCCUCUCCGGCUUUCAAUUAUAAUUCAGUUUUUAAUUGUUUGUAAAAUUUUAUUACUUUUAGAUUAUUUGUAGCGAAAUGUUUAUUAUUUGGUUUUUAUAUGUUUUGGGUAUUAUUUAAAUUGUG